AUGUUUAUGGCCCAUUCGGGUUUAGCGCAGUGCUGCAGCUGUGGCUUGUUCCUCGAACAUCUCUUGAGCCAGAACUCGAUCUUGACGCUGGCAGAUUCUCUCCCGCAGAUAGCAGCCAACCUCCUCACUAUCCUCAUCUUUGCGCUCCGGGGAUCGCGGAAUCAGAUACGCAGGCCUGAUAAAACUUCCUCUCGUUCUAUAUACAUCCCCUUCUUGCAUAUUUUCUGCCUGAUAGUGUUUGGUGUUGGCAUUGAAAAAUUCACUGCGUUUGACUCGGAUUCCCCAUCACGAGGCCGGGGAUAUUUACCCCCGUCGACCUCUGUUUCAUUCGAAGCUGAGAAGCAGUUGAACGUGGUCGAUAUCCUUGAACCUGCAAGGGCGUUGUUGGGCUGUUCGAAUUGUUGCCUAGCUAUGGCAGUUGCUACUUCGCAUGCUUAUCCAGGUUUCAACAACUCCAGCACAUCACCCUCCAUUUCCUCGCACACAAACCAUUCGAACUUCGCAAACAGACAAUCCGAUUGCCCAGUGUCGUCGACUCAUUCGGGUGCUUCUCACCCAGCAAUGGCUCCAGCUCCUAUGGCGAAAAGGUCAAAGGGGAAGAAGCCUUCGGACCCCAGCGAAACAUCCAAACUGCUAGCAGCCAAAAUAUCACAACUCGAGCAAGACGCUGCGGGCGAAAAGGACCAAGAGGCUGAAAUUGAACGAGAAGUUAAGAAAGCUACUCGGGAUCUGAAUCAACUAUUGAACAGCAUAGAAUCACCCGCAACACGUGUUGAGGCUGUCCAAAAGAGAUAUUCCGACCUUCUUGCAGAGAUGAAAAAACUUGACCGAGAUUAUGCCAAGAGUAGGAAAAGGGCUGAUCAGUUACAGAAGGAUCAAGAUAAGGGGAAAGCUGAGCUGAACAAGAUAGCUACAAUGAAAGACAAACUUGAAAAGCUGUGUCGAGAGCUGACAAAGGAGAAUAAAAAAGUCAAGGAUGAAAACAAAAGGCUUGAGGAGACAGAAAAGAAAGCCCGUGGUUUAGUGAAUGCACGACUUGACUCACUACUUUUCGACAUCCAAGACUUCGUGACAGCAAGGGGUGACGCUCGUGGGGAGAAAGCCGAUAUCGACUUGGACGACGCUGUUCGAGCGAAAAUUAAAACGAUUGGCGACAAAUUUGAAGCUCGGGAGCAUCACUACAAAUCACUUCUUCGCAGCAAGGAUGCAGAAAUCCAAAGCCUCACUGCCAAAUAUGAAGAGCAAAGGCGUGCAGCAGAGAACGAGGCACACAGAUGUCGAGCUCUCAGUACACAGGUCUCUACCUUUUCACAGACGGAAGCCGAACUACGAAGUCAGCUCAACAUUUACGUAGAAAAAUUCAAACAAGUUGAAGAUACACUAAAUAACAGCAACGAACUAUUUUUAACAUUUCGCAAAGAAAUGGAGGAAAUGGCCAAGAAAACGAAGAGACUCGAAAAGGAAAACAUGACACUCACUCGAAAACAUGAGCAAACGAACCGUAACAUUCUGGAGAUGGCAGAAGAACGGACGCGAAAUAACGACGAACUUGAAAAGUGGCGCAAAAAGAGCAACAACCUUGAAGCUCUUUGCCGUCGGAUGCAGGAACAAGGCCGGGGUCAAGCACUUGCUGGUGAGCUUGAUGCGGUAGAUGACGAAGGGACAGAAAGCGAAUAUGACGACGAAUAUGAGGAUGAAGAAGACGAUGAAGAUAUAAGUGACGAGGGAGAAUAUGAUGAUGAUCGUCAUCACCAUCAUCAUCACCAUGGUGAGCAUCAACACGGCCCAGCGCCAAACCGACCUCCAGAUGGGAAACCCGUUUUUGGGCCGCCGCCACCGCCUGCGCUGACGGAGACGAAAUCUAAUGGUCAUCGCGGUGUUGUAAAUGGAUACAAGCAUUAA